GCUGCAUGCAGUUCAUUCAUGUGGAUGAUCAAUUGGUGGAUUUACAUGCAGUAGAGCAAGGAAAGUUGGGAAGUUUUGCCAAUAUCAGCAUUGAUAUGUGUGCCAUUAUUGAUCGGUGUGUGCCCAAUCACUGUGAGCAUGGAGGGAAGUGUACACAAACAUGGGAUAGCUUCAGUUGCACCUGUGAUGGGACUGGAUACAGUGGAGCCACGUGCCAUAACUCUAUUUAUGAACUCUCCUGUGAAGCAUAUAAACAUUUGGGCAAAACAACAGGUUCUUACUGGAUAGAUCCAGAUGGCAGUGGUGCACUGGGACCUUUGAAAGUUUACUGCGAUAUGACAGCUUUGGAAGUAUUGAAUAACGAUAUAAGGCGAGAUGAGAGAAUUGCUGGAGUGACGAUUAAAAGAGAAGCUUAUAAUUUAGAGGCAUUUGCUGAUGAUCUAGUGAUGAUUCUUUUGGAAGAUCCUCUAGAGGGAAUAAGAACUUUAAUAGAAAAACUAAAGGAUUUGGGGGUAUUAGCUGUUUUUGAAGAUUAA